AUGAUCAGGUACGCGUAUCGCAAAGUCAAAGCCCACAGGGCGCGCAAAGCCGAGGAGGUUGCUGCUGCUAUUGCACCUCCUCGCGAUCCAAUGGUCCAAAGCCCAACCCUCAACCCUCCUAUUCCAACUGUAUUUACUGUGUCCAAGAAGCCAUGCCCAAAGUGCGCACAAGAGAAGAGCGCUGCUCGAAAAUACCGGUGGAAGCUCUUGUUCUGCCUCGUACCAGCCUUUUUUGUUUCCAGUCUUGACUUGACCAUUGUUGCUACAGCCCUCCCUCGAAUCGCCUCACAUUUUGAUAGAUUCAAUCAACUGAACUGGAUCGUGACAGCCUUCACGUUGACCUCGACCGCUUUCAUUCCAGUAUGGGGCCAAUUGGCCGACAUAUUUGGUCGACAUGCCACUCUUCAGUGCGCUGUUGUGUUCCUUACCAUCGGCAGCAUCCUCUGCGCAGCCGCACCUGACUGGGCCGUGUUGUUGCUCGGUCGAGCUCUACAGGGCGUGGGGACAGCAGGCGUCUCUAACGUGGUCCUGAUCAUCCUUGCAGACUCGGUAUCGUUAAAAGAGCAAGCAGUCAAUACCAGUAUCUUCCAAUUGAUGAAUGGGGUGGGGUACAGCGUCGGACCAGUCAUUGGCGGUUACAUCACGAAUGCCAAUUGGCGUUACUGCUUCGUGUUGGGCGCGGGCAUCUCGGCCGUCAGCCUUUUGACAGUCUUCCUGCUCCGGAAGGAGUUGAAGGGAGGUCACGUCUCACUGUCCCGGCCACCCAGGGGUCAAACUCGCCUUCGGGCGUUCCUGACUGGCAUUUCCACCGUCGAUUUCGGUGGUAUUGCCAUCUUCAUAUUCGGCGUCGGCCUGGUCAUUCUUGGUACAGCCUGGGGUGGAUCAACCUACGCAUGGAGUUCUGGUGCCGUGUUAUCGAGCCUUGUGAUCGGAGCAAUUCUGAUCCUUGUCUUCUUGGCCUACGAAGCUCUCCUUUCUCCGUCACGCCUCUUGAACAGGCUGUUCCCGAAGACCGUCCCAAUGAUCCCAGGCUCAAUUCUGAGUGCCAAAGACGUGAGUCUGGUCUGCUGCAUCGCCGCCUCCGCAGGCGCCGCUUUGUAUUCGGUCUUCUAUUUCAUCGGCAUCUACUUCACACUUGUGGAGGCGUACGAGGCUAGCGACGCCGGAGUCCAGCUGCUGUACUACGUGCCAGGACUCGGGGUGGGCGUCUACAGCGCCAUACUCAUCUGCAACGUGUGGCCGCGGCAGACUUUCUGGCCUCUUCUCGUCGGCACCAUUGUUGAGACCGCGGGCAUCGCCACCCUUGCAUAUGCUGUCAAGGCGCGGGACGCGACCCUGGUCAACGUGAUGAUGGCGGUUGCCGGCGCGGGCACAGGACUACGCUUCAUGCCAUCGAACCUGCAUUUGGCGGGCAUGUUUCGUGACCGCCUGGCUCCCGUGUACAGUCUUCUACGGUUUGCCCUGCCAUUCGGCGGUACGCUGGCGUUGAUAAUCAUGGGUUCGGUUUUCCAGAAUCAGAUGAGCGACUAUUUCGGAUCCGAUACACUCAACUCGGGCAACAACGGGAUCUCAUUCAACUUGCACGACCAAGAUUCACUCGACGCUAUCGCGCAACUGCCGGACGCCGAGCAAGCGGUGAUUCGAUCACAGGGCGCCACCGCGACGAUGUGGGCAUUCAUUUCAAUCCUACCGAUCUUGGGUCUCGGAUUACUCGCCAGCGCCGGGCUCGGGAAUGUUUGGAUCGCGAAGAGCCCGUCCCAAAAGAACGACAGCGAAACGGGCGAGAGGCGAGAGGAUGGCAUGUGUCGGAGACACGCCAACAGCCUCACCGACACUGGCAGCGCUGCAGAGACGCCCAAUGAGGUUGAAUAUAUCAGCUCGAGAUACUUGCUGGCUUUAUUCCGUGGCAACGUCCAGCAAUUGAAGCGGGCGGGUGUCAACGAGAACGCAGCCACCGGCCCGAGCGCUCACCAGCGUAGAGAACUGGAUGCGAGCGCCAUGACCGACGGGUCUCCUGCCGAAGUUGAGCCCAAAGAGUUCGGCGGAACAGUCUCAACUAGGACCACGGAGAAGGAUUCUAUCGUCUGA